GCCGAUAGUCCGACUUCCCGGUGGAGAGAGUUACGCGGACGCCGUCAAGUCACGGAGCGUGAAAUUGAACGGUGUCCCGGUGAGUGCUGGGAAAGUCCUUGGCUAUGUGGAGUCACUGACGAACUCGACGUUGCAGGAGCAGGAGUCUGUACUCUCCUCCUGGGCGGACGAUGACCAGUGCUUCUUUGACUCCAUACGUAUCGCGCAUGAAGCAGCCAAGAAGGAUGGGGUGGAGCAGCCGCAGCAGGGGAGAGAUAUCGACCAGAGCACCGGCAGUUUCAGGCAAAGACGGGGUAGAAGGGGAUGGAGGUUCAUCGGUGGCAGCGAGGGCAGCAGGAACUCCGGCAGGCGACGCAAGGGAUACAACAACAACAAUAAUAAUAACUGA